AUGUCAUCGCGAAGCCUGGGCUCCACAUCCCCCGAAUCGGGCGCGUCAUCCCACGACCAACACCCACUAAUGAAUCUCGUCGACGGCGAAGAAGCGCGCGGGCGAAGUCACCCAGAAAGCGCAGCAGCUGAUUUAAUGAGGCGACUUGGUGUUUCGCCUGAAAGAAGGAUCAAAGUCACGCCCGAGGACGAUGCGCGCGUUUUGAAGCGUAUUGACAUGGUUGUUCUACCUCUAAUGCUAGCAGUUUAUUUCCUCCAAGGUCUUGAUAAAGCGACCAUCGCAUAUGCUUCCAUCUUCGGGCUUAUCGAAGACACGAAUCUAAAGGGGAAUCAAUUCUCAUGGCUCAGCUCAAUAGUCUACGUCGCCCAGCUCAUCGCGCAAUUCCCGCUAGCGUGGCUUCUCGUCAAACUCCCCAUUGGGAAAUUCACAAGCUGCAUGGUCACCCUCUGGGGCUUGACUCUCACAUUCAUGGCGGCGGCGCAUACCUUUCACAGUUUGCUUUUCGCACGUUUCUGGCUUGGUGCUUUUGAGGCUAGUAUUGCGCCGAGUUUUGUGGCUAUUACGCAGAUGUUUUGGAGGAGGAGGGAGCAGCCGCUUAGAAUGUCGUAUUGGUAUGCUAUGAAUGGAUUCACUGGUGUUUUUGGGAGUUUGGCGACGUGGUGGCUUGCACAGCUGCCGUUUGGGCUGAAACCAUAUCAGACUAUCUUUGUCGCUUUUGGAAUUAUCACCGUCUGCUUCUCCACCGUUCUAUUCUCAUACAUGCCCGACUCGCCAGCGGAGGCCAAAUUCCUCGAUAAGCACGAUAAACUCAUCGCCAUUGAACGGCUGAGGAUGAAUCAAACGGGUGUCAUGUCGCGACAAUGGCGAUGGGAUCAUUUCUGGGAGACUAUGCGAGAUUUGAAGACUUGGCUUUGGUUCUCUCUCAUUUUCAGCAUUUCAGUACCCUCUGGUGGCGUCGGCUCCUUUGGCCCUCUCCUCAUCAAAUCCUUUGGCUUCGAUUCUUUCCAGGCCAUUCUCUUCAAUGCCCCUUUUGGCGUUGUCCAGUUCAUUUCUACAGUUGGAGGUUCGUAUGUAGCGACCAAGUAUCAUAAAAAAGGUCCAGUCAUUGCGUUCCUGGCUCUGUUUCCAAUUAUUGGCUGCAUGAUCAUGCUCUCAACGCCGCAUACACCUGAUGGCAGGAAUACUCUGCUAGGCGGAUACUACAUGAUCUCCGUCUUCCCAGGAAUAAUUCCUCUAAUCUACUCAUGGUCAUCCUCCAACACCGCAGGCGACACCAAGGGCAAAUGCAACUCAUCAGUCCUCUUCAUCGGCCAAUCCCUCGGAAACAUCAUCGGCCCCUUGCUCUACAAACCAUCCGAAGCACCCGAGUACCACAGAGGCUUAUACUGGAACUUGCUUCUCUACAUCGCAAUUGUAGGUCUUGUGGUUGUCACGACCAUGUAUCUGACCUACCUGAAUCGCGAUCACAGUCGUCGUCGCGUGAUGGCGGGGAAGGAUGCAGUUAUUGUGGACUACAGCUUGUAUUCACCUGAAGAAGCUGAUCGUCUUCGAAGAUCCAAGGCUACUGAGGGUCAGCAUAUUGAAAAUGCGAGGGAUACGACGGUUGGGGAUCAUGCGUUUGAUGAUAUGACGGAUUUGGUCAACGAUGAAUUUGUAUUUGUAUUCUAA